CGCUCACGAUCACCGCUCAUUCUCCGGCCGAGAGAGACUGUGGGUUAACGUGUCCCGCCUUUUCGUGAUUUGAAAAUCGAACGUUCAGUGAAACCAUAAACAACAAUGGCAAACCUUGUGCUUCUUGUGCCCGUCCUGCUACUGGCUGUUAUGGUCAAAGAAGGCUCAUCAAUCCGCUGCUGGACAUGCUCCUCGGAACUGGACCCUAUGUGCAAUGACCCGUUCCUGGCGCAGCGCCCCGACGCCGGCUACCGGUUCACGCUGUCCAACUGCGACGCUCACACUGGGGCCACUUACCCGUACCUCACGUCGUCCAAGUCCGCUUGUAAGAAGCACAAGCAGUACGUGAACGGCAUCCUGUCAGUGACUCGAGGCUGCACCUGGAAGCGCUCUGACGACUACAGCAACCAGUGCCCGGCCACCAACAGCGCCAACGAGCGCACAGUCUUCUGUGAGACCUGCGAAUAUGACGGCUGCAACGGAGCCUCCGCCAUCUCCAUGACCAUCGCCCUAAUAGCGGCACCCCUCACACUCAUGCUCUUCAAGUAAAGCAAAGAGGUUAAAAAUAAAAAAGUAAAAACUCCUUAGUACAAAGUGCUGGCAACUUACAGUUUGGGACCAUAGACAAUCUUCAUCACAUGCCCACCGUAAAGCGCUUACGCAGCGCUACUUCAAUCAACGAAUCUUUUUGUGUUGCUGACGAAUUUCGGUAAUUUUGAUGUUUGUUAUUGUUACUUAACCAACAUGUUUUUCAGCUUUAAUCAAACAGCAAACAUUUUUUAAGUAAGAUAGUUGUUAAUGUGCAAAUAAUAUUAGUUGUAAUGGUUAGUUAAUUGUAAUUUUAACAAGUGCACUUAAUUUUUUAUAUUUAUGUAUAAAUCUCUUAUCUACCUAGCGUUUUCACCACAAGAUAUUAAUUUGUGUCUACAUCUUCUACAGCAAUAUUAAUUAUAAACUCUAAUUAAAAUAUUAUAGAAUGUAAUUGGAUUGUAAUAGUUUUAAGUUAAUGUGUUAUCAACGAACAGUACAAUGCAGUUAAAUAUUACACAAAAAUUAACAGCAUUAAAUUUCUAACAAACUUGAAUCUACUUUUCUGACAAGGGUCUGUUUUGUUAAUAUACAUAACUUUAAUUUUGUUGUUAAAUAUUAUAAAAUAUUUGUGUAAAUAUUGGUGCUUAAUAUUUUAAUAAAGACGAUCACCAGUAA